AUGAGCAGCACAGCCAGGAACUACACAUCAGGUGUCGCAGUGGCGUUGGCAUCGGCCAGUCUGUUGGCGGUGGCUUGGAAGAUUUGGCGCCGAUACAAAGAAAGUCGAGACAACCAGGAGUAUGAGAUCGUAGUGGCGGCUGUACCAUGGGAUCGCCCCAUGGGCCAAAUGGGCUUGGCAUUUGCAGGAGACCAUGAGGGAAGAAUCUACAUUGCUGAGAUAGCGGAAGGAUCGCCAUUUCUCAAGACGGACAUCAAGCCCAACAUGCAUGUUGUGAGAAUCAAUGGUGUGGUCCUCCAACCUGGCAUGACCAAAGAUCAACUCAUCCAAGCUCUUGGGAAAACAAAAGAUGUGCUGACCGUAGAGGCAGGUCACUUGAGGAGGCAGAAGAAAGUUCAAGAGGAGGACCUCUUCCUCCAAGAAGAUUCGGUGGCGGCAGCUGUACCAUGGGACCGCCCCUUCGGCGAGAUGGGCCUGGCACUGGCGGAAGACCGGGACCAUAGAGUUCUCCUUUAUGAGAUUGCCAAAGGCUCACCCUUUCUCGAGACUGACAUCAAGCCCGGCAUGCACAUUCUAAAAAUCAAUGGUGUGGCUCUCCAAGCUGGCAUGACAAGACACCAGCUCAUGGAUAUUUUCGAAAAGACAAAUGAUGUUUUGACCAUUGAAGCAGGCUAUCUGAGAAGGGAAAGUAGUAAUGACCCCCCGUCCAAUACUUCCACUCAAGCACAAAAUUACCUCAAGUUAGGCAUGAAGCAGGUCGACAAUGGAGAGUAUGCACAAGCCGUCGAUUCGUUACAAAAGGCUCUUGCCAAUCAAGGGGGGAUGAGCGAAAAUGCUGCCGCGACGUAUCAUUUUCUGGGCAAGGCACUCCUGGGCACCCAUGAUUGGCUCCAGGCAAAAGAGGCACACGAAAAGGCCCUGGAAAUUGCCUUGUCUGGCCAUGGAGAAAGUCACUUGCAAACAGCAACAUGCUACAAUGACAUUGCCGAUGCAUUGGUUGCCGGGGGCAUUCUCUCGGAGGCGGUGACCCAGUAUCAGAAGAGUAUCAGCAUUCAUGAAGCCUUGCUGGGUAAGGGCCAUGCAAAUACCAUUGCCGCGCAGCGAAAAUAUGAUGCAGCUCGCAUGAAGUUGGGGACGGUUGGUGUGGAGUGCCGAGAAAGGGUCAACGCCUUCCUCGCUCAUUUUUCCCACUCCAUCGGCAAGGAUGUGAGGUUGAAUGACGAGGGCAUUUGCGCCAUACGAUACAAGCAUCUGCAGAUCGUGAUUGAAGUUCCUUCGGGUGCUCCAAACUUUCUUAUAUACGCAAUCCUUGCAACAAAUGUCGGCCAAGAUAAAAGGCUUCUUCGGAAAGCACUGGAGCUCAAUUAUCGACUUUACUUCGAAGAGGAAACCCGCUCUGGCUGCCUUGGCAUGGAGUCAAAGACUGGUGAUAUGCUUUUCUGCUACUCAGACAGGGCGGCAGAAGUGACUGCUGUUGACUUUCGAAACAUACUCGAAAUGGCCAUUGACACUGCUCUUAUGCUUGACAAGGAAAUCACGAUGUUCGCAAACGCAGGACUAAAACCAACGAAGCAAUCAGAGACCGAGAGCACUGCAAUCCGCACUGGCAAAGAUAGCCAAGAGGUCCCACGACCUGCGUGUCCAAAUGGACACCAAAUGCAUCCUUGUCCAUCAGAGAGAAAAGCUGCGGGCGUCGUAUGUGAUGUCUGCACGGCGAAAGACUGCGCAGUUGCAUUUUCUUGCUCCAUUUGCGACUUCGACGUUGGCGAAAAGUGUACGAGCAAAGCCAAUGCGGCCGCACCAUUGGUGGAAGCAACGAAACACUUCAUGGAAGGCUGUGCUUUGUUUUCCGAUGGAGCCCACGAGAAGGCUGCGGCAUCUCUCCGAAGAGGUUUGAAUACGAUCGAUGCAGCCGGGAUGACAAAUGACGUUGCGAAAACCUUGUAUGUCCUUCCGCUGUUGAUCAGAGCACUUUUCUUGAACGGAGAUACUUCAGGGGCACUGGACGAGUGCAAUAAAGCACUGAUUAGGUUCAAGGAGUUUCCUGCGCUUCCAAAGCCCGAUGUUGGCGUCAUAGAGCAGCUCAUUUCGGAUAUCACCCACCUACGCGACGAGGCUGCGCGCAACCCUCCACGACCCGACAUGAUCCCAAAGCCUGACGCUGAUCUCAUGGGUGUAAGCGUACACCAUCUGAAAACAACCUUUAUGGCACACGUACGAAUGGCCGGAUUUGAUAAAAGCAGCAAGAUCUACGAGCUUGAGAACCUGGGUGGUCCGAUGGGCGUCAUCCGCCGAAAAGGAGUUGGAGUACUUUGUCCAAUGGACGGAAAGGAAGGAGCAGCCUAUGUUCAUUGCCUCUCUGGUGGUGAGAAUAUUGGAAAAGCAUCGGUUAUGAUCAGCUAUACCUGGGGCUACGCGAUUGGUGACAUUGUUGCCACUCUGGAUGAUUAUUGCGAAGCAAACCGACUGGACCCCAAGCAUCUUUAUGUCUGGAUCUGUUGUCUCUGCAACAAUCAGCACAGAAUCGUAGAGGAUAGGAAAGCUGGGAAGGAGGUACCUUUCGAAGAGUUUCGACGCAUUUUCUACAGCCGUGUCACCGGAGUAGGGCAUGUAUUGCCAAUGAUGGCUCCAUGGAACUCUCCAAGAUAUCUCACCCGUGUCUGGUGUAUUUUCGAAAUUUUUACUGCGCUAAAAGAGGGUUGCCAGGUAUCAAUUGUAAUGCCCCCUGAAGAGAAAGAAGGCUUGGAGCAAACCAUGUUCAGCAGCGACCUUGAUUUUGCUGGAGACGUUGACAUGCUGUAUGACGUCUUGGCGAAAACAAAGGUGCAACAGGCCGAUGCAUCAGUCGAAGAAGAUCGAGUUAGAGUUCUAAGACUGGUGGAAGACAACCCAGGCUACAGGGCGCUCAAUGACCAGGUGAUCAAUAGUCUGCGCAGCUGGGUCAGGAGUGUCAUUGAAGACCUCAUUCAAAAGAAGGGAUCGGGCAAAGCAGAUGAUUUGGAAUACGCUUUGUUCUGCAAAAAGCUGGGAUUCUUGUUCCAAAGGAACGGGGAAAAUGAAGCCGCAUUUGAAUGGCUUAUGAAAGCGGGUACCAUGUUCACGAAUGCAUGUGGCCCAAAUCACCCCUACACCGCGAGCACAAUGAUCGGGCUUGGCAAAGUCCUUCUAGCCCAGGGCGACAUCACUGGUGCUAAGGUGGAACUGACGAAUGCGCUAAAGAUCUUGGACCCUUUCCGCCUGGGGAAAUGUCAAGACGCUGAGGCUGCUGAUGCAUAUCACAACCUGGGCAUCGCGCUCCAACUACAAGGCUUCCUGAAAGCUGCACAAGACAACCACACCAAAGCCCUGGAGAUUCGGCAGUCUGUCUUCGGGGAUGUCCACCCCAAGGUCGCUCUUUCGCAUCAGAGCAUCGGUUCAAUUCUGGCAGAGGAAGGCAAUCAUCCCCAAGCAUUACACUCGCAUCGCUUGGCACUUUCCAUCAGGGAAAAGUUCCUUGGCAGAGACCACGCCGACACUUCUGCAUCCUACAUUCAUGUCAGCUCUCAACUGUUUCAGCUUGGACAGCGCGAACAAGCUCUGGCUUUGCUUCAAGAAGUCUAUGAAGCUGAAGUGGGUUCAAUUGCAGAAGCAAUGCGCCAAAGCCAAGCUGAAGCAGUGAGCGACCCUGUGCUUCAAAGUUCGAUUGAAACAAUCGAAAAGAAUCUGGUUCAGUGUUCUCCGGAGGCUGAUACUGGCUUGACAUCAUCAAGGGGGGCCAAGACGUCGCAAGAGACAAAGGCCAGCCUCGUUGGAGUGGAGUCAUUCUUGGCUGGGAGCAAAGGCACCGGCCUCGAGUCGUUCAGUGACAUCGCUGUAGCUUUGCAGGGCCUCAACGAUCUAGACCUCGGAGCACUUUCACAGCGAGUUUCGUCACCCGAGGAUCGUUCAGCAGCAAAGGCGAGCAGACGAACAAUCAUUGACAAUCAUCUGGAAAGGAUCAGUCGAUCAGCUGGCGAAGGCAAGAGUUUUCGCUUGAACGCCAAAGGAAUCGGAGCCUUUGUGGCUAACGGCAGGCCAAUCGUGAUUGAAGCCCCUCACACUCCUUCCUUCUUUGUGUGGACAACACUACUGAAGAAGAGCGAUCAAGUCAACCAGGACCAUAUCCUGCAGAAGGUGAUGGAAAUGAAUUAUCUGCAGCAACAAACUCGUGGAGGAGGUUUGCUUUUGGACCCGGUCAGUGGUGAUGUUGUCUUUGUCUUUUCCGAGCGCACAGAUGAAAUCUCCUAUACGGACUUUUGCAAUAUUCUUUCCAACUUCAUUGAGACGGUGGAGUCUCUCGCGACAGCUCUCCAGACUGUCUAG